AAAGCCGUGUGUGCAGGCUGCUCCGUGCAGACGGACAGCACGGCGGCCUCUGCUGGACCAAUAACCGGGCCCGUGUGUGCGCUCCCCCCGCUGAGCGUCUUUUCCUGGGCGGCCUCUGAUCCCACAGUCAGUCUGAGCAGACAGCAGGACGGACCAGUGCGGGCCAGGACGGGACAGGACUAGUCUACAAUGGGCUCGAACCGGGCUGUACUGUGCGCCACCGUGCUUCUGGCCGUGAUCUCCCUGAGCUCAGCAUCCACCGAUGAUCGCGUCGUUGAGCAGCGUGAGGUCACCUUUGACCUGGACGAAAUCAUGCAAGAGAUGCAACAACCAGUUUCUUUCACACUACAGAAAGAAGCAGACCUGACAGAACUCUUAGACCCAAAGGAGUUUCCCAUGCAGCAAGAAAUUGUGUAUCCACCAAAUGAGAGAGGACAUCGCACACCAGGAGUCAUGGCACCCAGAGGACGUCGACCAGCUUUUGGGCCCCGUUCCUUUCCAUUUAAGGAUUAUCCUGUUCAGUUUCCUCUCAGUCGACCCAACUCUGAUAAUCUCCAAGCCAUCUGUGACCACGGAGACCAUCGUCCCCGUUAUCCAGUCUCUUACUUUCCCAGUUCUGGUUAUGGCCAGCAGAGGCGAAGGGCUGGUUUCGUCAAUAUGGCAGAGGCUUUGUUUAGGAUCUGCUGCCAAGGGAACCAGACAUGGGAGAGGGAAGUGACUCUGUGUUGCGCCACACAGGCGUGGGAGAUGUCAGUUCAGUCUUUCUGCGAGGAAGACACGUCAGUCAAGGAUAGAAUUUAUUCCUGCUGCCAUCUUCAGGGUAAUGAAAGGCUGACCUGCUUCCACAACGAUGCUCAAAAUCCAAACUAUGAGGCGACAGAGGUGUUACCCGUCACACCACUCCCCCCCACAGUUGACUUCAACUUUAACCCCAAUAUUUGCCAAAGGACAGUGAUGACUACAUAUAGUGUCAGAAAAAGUAAAGGAAGAAGGAAAAGAAACCUUUAACUUCCCCUUAAAGUCGAUGUCAACUUUCCUCCUGGACGACCCCACACAGACACCAUUGACUCACUUUGUCAAAACCAGAAACUUCGCCCUCUCUAUAACAUCAAGUGUCUGCCAGGUUCAGGCUAUGAGUUAUUGGCCCGUCAGUCUAAGAGCAAUCGCAUAGAAAAGAGAUUCAAACAGUGCUGCAAAAGGAGCCAGGAUGUGCUUGCUUGGUGCAGAUCAGAAGGUAUAUGGCGUGAGGAGAUGAAUAGGUUUUGCACUCAUGAGAAAGGAGAAAAUGUGGAUUUUCACUGUUGUGCUGGUGAAGGGAAUGAUCGAUUUGACUGCUUCCAAAAUGUCUCUCCUGACCCUCAUUAUAAUAAGACUUCUGCAAAUGAGGAGCUCUCACUAAGCAAUGUCUGCGACACUCACAAGAUCAUCAUGAAGAAGUUCCCUGUUGGUCUUCCUCUCAAGAGCCUUGUGAAAAAAUGCUGCGAGUCUCCAACAGACAAGAGCAUUUGUAUUUCACAAAGGAUUAAGGAAAUGUCAGACACCCUGUGUUCCUCAAGAAAGACUUCUCCCCCAGCUGUCCGUCGCUGCUGCCGCAUGCCCUCCACAGAGCCUGCACAGUGUAUCAGCAAAAUUGUCAUGGAUGCCGUCACCAAGGCAACCAAUGUCUCACAACAUAAGAAGAAGAAGAAAAGAUGCCCUCUCUCUUAAAUCCUUUCUGACCUUGUGCAGACCCUACUUGCACAGGGGCCAUUUAGCGGCAGAGAUGGCCUUCAGUCACUGAACUAGUCACACUUACAUGCAGAGGUCUGUAAAAUAAUACUUUUGAAGUGUGGAUGAAAUUGGAGCUUAAGCAAGUGUUUUUGUAUCUCUUUACUGGAUAUACUGCUUUCACAAAGUACAUUUAUGAAGACAGAAAUAUAUUGUAUAAGUCCUGUAAGACCUGUGUCACUGUAUUAUUUUUAUAGACUGCUCUUUAUGUCAUUAAUUAUGAAUGCUUUCAAUGAAUUUCUUGGAUCAGAUCAAUUCUUUUCUUUCAUAUGGUUUUGUGUUUAAGAUUGUAUCAGAUUAAUAAAAAAAAAACAUUUAAAAUGUA